AUGAAAUACGCAGAGGACCACAACGGCUACUACUUCCAACUGCCCGGCGAAAAGACGUCGCUGACGAUUGCCAAGGGCUCGGGAGCGAUUGCGGCCAACGAGGGCGUGGUGGCGCCGGGGGGCAAGGAAAUUGCCGCAAUCGUGGGCACCAUCCGGCUGCUGGCGUCGCAGUACAUCAUUGUGGCAUCCAAAACGGAGACGGUGGGUGCGAUUUUCGGCCAGCAGGUCCACCGGGUCACGGCGUUCGACAUUCUGCCCAUCAAUGGCGGCUCGGCAGACCCCCAGGAGCAGCAGUACCUCAAGAUUCUGCAGUUCCACCUCGACAGCUCGCGACUGUACUUCUGCCGAACCUGGGACCUCACCACGUCACUGCAGGCCCAGAGCCACGCCCAGCGGGCCCCCGGAGUGUCGUUCGAGACCGCUGACGAACGGUUCUUCUGGAACAAGUACGUGUGCACCGAUCUGAUUGACGCCGCCCGUACCCAGCCCGGCGUGGCGCUGUUCGUCACCCCCAUGUCCUUUGGCUUUGUGGAGCUCUCCCAGAGCACCAUCAAUGGCCGAAGCAUCACCUUUGGUGUCAUCACCCGACGAUCGCGACACAGAGCCGGCACCCGGUACUUCCGACGAGGAAUUGACGCCCACGGCAACGUGGCAAACUUCAACGAGACCGAGCAGCUGCUCAUCGUCGAAGGCACCGCCGAGCCCCCACGUGUCUUCUCCUACCUGCAGACCCGAGGCUCCGUCCCCGUGUACUGGGGCGAGGUCAUCAACCUCAAGUACAAGCCCAACCUGCAGAUUGGCCAGCCCGCCACGGACGCCGCCAAGCUGCACUUUGACGACCAGAUCAAGCGGUACGGUCGCAACUACCUCGUCAACCUCGUCAACCAGAAGGGCUACGAGCUGCCUGUCAAGCGGGCCUACGAGCAGCUGGUCGACCAGCUCGGCUACCCCGAGGACCAGGUCUCGUACGUCUACUUUGACUUCCACCACGAGUGCUCCAAGAUGCGAUGGCACCGUGUCCUGUUGCUGAUUGAGCGGCUGCAGGAGCUGGGUCUCGACCAGCAGGGCUACUUUGAGGCUACCCUCAUGCCCAACCGUCAGCUGCAGCCCCAGGCUAACCAGACCUCCGUCGUGCGAACCAACUGCAUGGACUGCCUGGACCGAACUAACGUGGUCCAGUCCACCUUGGGCCGAUGGGUGCUGCAGAAGCAGUUUGAGGCUGCCGGAAUUCUGGCCCCCGGCCAGAAGUGGGAGACUACUGAGCCCAAGUUCGAGCUCAUCUUCCGAAACGUGUGGGCCGACAACGCCAAUGCAGUGUCCGUCACUUAUUCUGGAACCGGUGCUCUCAAGACUGAUUUCACCCGUCUGGGCAAGCGAACCAAACAGGGCGCUCUCAACGACGGUCUCAACUCCGCCACCCGAUACAUCAAGAACAACUUCCAGGACGGCAUUCGUCAGGACUCUUUCGACCUGUUCCUGGGCAACUACGUGCCCUACUCGGGCCGACCUGCCCGCUUCUACGACGUGCGCCCCAUUCUGUUCCAGGCCGUGCCCUACAUGGUUCUGUCUGCCGUGGUGCUCAUUCUCUGUGCCACCUUCUUCCCCCGACAGGAUCUGUCUGCUCUGGUGAGCCGAUCAUUUGUGGGCUUCUGGGUGCUGGUACUGGUGUGGUCGGUGCGAUACAUGACCAAGAACGGUCUGCAGUUUGUCAACUGGCCCAAGCUCAUCAAGCCCGACUUUGUGUCUGAAAACGAGAUUGUCAACAACGGCAAGGUCUCUGGUAUUGUCUACAAGGUGGGAGACAGCGACCGGGUCAACAAGCUGGAUUAG